AUGCUGGAAAGCAGGGAACGGGCGGUGAUGCGCAGCCUCGCCACCCUGAGCUCCAGCCGCUCAACCCUGAGCCAGGGACUGGAGGCGCAGGCCGAGCUCAUCCGGCGUGUCGGCACGCGGCACGCUGAUGUGGCACGGGCGCUCGCGAUGCAAGCCCUGCCGAACCUCAUCUCGCCCGAGGUGCUCGGACAGGCCUUGGAGGGCCAGGAGGCUGACGAGAGAUUCCGAGAUCUGAUCAGGGGGGUUGCGGCCUUUGCGCCCCGGCUACUGGGCGCUCACUCAGCUCCCCUUCUCGCCCUGCUGGCGUCCGACGAUGCUGAGGUGGCAGAGUUUGGGGCGCAGAUCCUGGCCCAGGCGGGACGCGAACUGGAGGUCCCUGCUGACGCAUACCCACAGGUCAAGGCCAGCCUGAGGGAGAUAUGCCUGCAUGGCACGGUGGCCGGGGUCAAGUCGGCAGUACGCGCGGCCGUGGCCCUGCUGCCACAGGAGGAGGCAAGGACCAUGUUGAGCGCCUUGGGGGAGGAAGUCGUGCUUUCCAUUCCGGGCACCCUGGAGGAUCACAAGAGACUGGCGACGAGGCUCAAGGUGAUCUCCAGCAUUGGCAGGUCAGCACCCCAGGCGUUCGAUGGCCUGGCGCCUCGCUUCGUCACGCUGGUCCUUGACGAGCUCCUCCCGGCCGACCUGAGCAGGGGCCGACCCCUGGAUGCGGCAAGCUCCCAGACCGGGCUGUCGUGGGACUCACCCAGCCCCCAGGUGGCCAUCAAGGCCCUCAUUGUCAAGAGCCUCACGCAAGCCUUCAGCCUGUCCACGCCCCGCAUGAGCUGA